CUGCAUAUCACAUGUUUGGGGCCCUUCAUCAUAGAAGCCAGAGUAAGAUCUGUCCCAUGGACUGUAAGAAGUGGAUCCACAGGAGAUUAAAGGGAUAAAACUUUUUAAAAGCAGCAUUCUAAUCACCACAUAUUGGACUUGGGCCUCCUUUGACCUCGGAAACUGAAAAUGAGGUUGCUAUGGGAACUCCUCGUACUGCAAUCAUUCAUGUUGUGCCUUGCAGAUGAUAACAUGCUGCAUGGACCAGUUUUUAUUCAAGAACCAAGCAGUGUCAUUUUUCCAGUGGAUUCUGAGGAAAAGAAAGUCAAACUGAACUGUGAAGUUAGGGGAAAUCCUAAGCCAACUAUAAGGUGGAAGUUAAAUGGAACCAUUGUUGACAUUGGUAUGGAUUAUCGCUACAGCAUGGUUGAAGGCAGCUUGUUGAUCAAUAAUCCCAAUAAAACUCAAGAUGCUGGAACAUACCAGUGCAUAGCAACAAACUCAUUUGGAACAAUUGUUAGCCGAGAAGCUAAACUACAAUUUGCAUAUCUGGAAAAUUUCAAAACCAGGACAAGAAGUACGGUGUCAGUCCGGCAGGGGCAAGGAAUGGUGCUACUGUGUGGUCCACCACCACAUUCUGGAGAAUUGAUCUAUGCCUGGAUUUUCAAUGAAUAUCCAUCUUUUGUGCAUCAGGAUAAUCGCCGUUUUGUUUCUCAAGAGACUGGAAAUUUGUACAUAGCUAAAGUGGAAAAAUCCGAUGUAGGAAAUUACACGUGUGUGGUGACAAACACUGUAACCAACAACAGAGUUCUGGGACCUCCUACACCUUUAAUCCUGAGAAAUGAUGGAGUGAUGGGUGAAUACGAGCCAAAAAUUGAAGUGCAGUUCCCAGAAAUGGUUCCAUCUGCAAAAGGAACAACUGUGAGACUGGAGUGUUUUGCAUUGGGAAACCCAGUUCCUACAAUCAGCUGGAGAAGAGCAGAUGGAAAACAAAUUCCCAAAAAAGCUCGGAGGCACAAAUCAAGCAGCAUUCUUGAAAUCCCAAACUUUCAACAGGAAGAUGCUGGCCUAUAUGAAUGUGUGGCUGAAAAUGUGCGAGGGAAGAAUGUGGCCAGAGGCCAGCUGACGUUUUAUGCUCCUCCCAACUGGAUUCAGAAAAUAAGUGAUGCACACGUGGCGAUGGAGGAAAGCAUCUACUGGGAGUGUAAGGCAAAUGGGCGACCAAAGCCUUCGUACAGCUGGUUGAAGGAUGGUGAACUGCUGCUCCCUCAGGAAAGAAUUCAAAUAGAACAUGGAGCUCUCACCAUAACCAGUGUGAACCUGUCAGACACCGGCAUGUACCAGUGCGUGGCAGAAAACAGGCAUGGGGUCAUCUAUGUCAGCGCAGAAUUGAGCGUAAUCGCUGUAGGUCCAGAUUUUUCCAAAAACUUCUUGAAAAGAUUAACUCUGGUUAAAGUUGGUGGUGAUGCUACCAUUGAAUGUAAGCCUAAAGCUUCCCCAAGGCCUACCUUUACUUGGAAGAAAGGAAAAGAGAUCCUAAGAGAAGAUGAGAGGCACACUAUUUUGGAAGAUGGAACUCUGAAGAUUUCCAGUGUUACGAAAGCAGAUGCUGGGAGUUACACGUGUGUGGCAACAAAUCAUUUUGGGGCAGCCAGCAGCACUGGAAACCUGGUGGUAAAAGACCCUACACAGUUUAUGGUAGCACCCACCAGCAUGGAUGUCACUGCUGGCGAAAGCAUUCUUCUGCCCUGCCAAGUAUCUCAUGAUCACCCACUUGAUAUUAUAUUUACUUGGUCAUUUAAUGGACACCUGAUAGACUUUGAAAAAGAUGGGGAUCACUUUGAAAGAGUUGGAGGGCAGGAUUCCGCUGGUGAUUUGAUGAUCAGAAGCAUCCAGCUGUAUCAUGCUGGAAAAUAUGUCUGCACAGUGCAGACGAGUGUGGACAAGCUAUCAGCUGCUGCAGACCUGAUUGUAAGAGGUCCACCAGGUCCACCAGAAGCUGUGAGCAUUGAUGAAAUUACAGAUACUACAGCUCAGGUAUCUUGGAGGCCAGGAGCAGAUAACCACAGCCCCAUUACAAGUUAUGUUAUUCAAGCAAGGACCCCAUUUUCUGUGGGAUGGCAAGCCGUUAAUACAGUGCCUGAUGUCAUUGAUGGAAAUACCUUUACAGCAACCGUGGUAGGUUUAAACCCAUGGGUUGAGUAUGAAUUCCGAGUGGUUGCUGCUAGCCUUAUUGGGAUUGGAGAGCCGAGCAAGCCAUCAGAGAAACGGAGAACUGAAGAGGCUCUUCCUGAAGUCACACCAGCGAAUGUCAGUGGAGGAGGUGGAACGAAGUCUGAGUUGGUCAUAACCUGGGAGACAGUUCCUGAAGAAUUACAAAACGGAGGCGGGUUUGGCUAUGUUGUUGCCUUCCGUCCACUUGGCACAAUAAGUUGGAUGCAGGCUGUUGUGGUUUCUUCUGACGCCUCCAGAUACGUGUUCCGGAAUGAGAGCUUACCCCCAUUUUCCCCAUAUGAAGUCAAAGUGGGAGUGUACAACAACAAAGGAGAAGGUCCUUUCAGUCCCAUCACAAUUGUUUUUUCAUCUGAUGAAGAACCUACCAGAGCGCCAACCAAUGUCUUUGCCAAAAGCCUUUCUGCUUCAGAGGUAGAAGUAUUUUGGUCCUUGCCGCCAGAAACACAGAGAAAAGGAAGAAUACAGGGCUAUGAGGUUAGAUAUUGGAAACACGGGGAUAAGGAGGAGCAGGCUGGAAGAAUGAGAACCUCGACCAAUCAGACCUUUGCAAAACUCACCCAUUUGAAGGGCCAUUCUUUGUACCACUUGGCCGUCAAAGCUUACAACACAGCAGGGAUGGGACCUUCUAGUGCUGUCGUCAAUGUGACAACCAAAAAGCCACCACCAAGUCAACCUCCUGGAAACAUUAUAUGGAAUUCAUCGGACUCUAAGAUUAUACUGAACUGGGAUCAAGUGAAAGCACAGAAUAAUGAAUCUGAGGUGAAAGGAUACAAAGUUUUAUACAGAUGGAAUAGACAAAGCAGCACUUCUGUUAUAGAAACUAACAAAACAUCUGUGGAGCUUUCACUGCCUUUUGAUGAAGAUUACAUCAUAGAAAUAAAACCAUUUAGCGAUGGAGGAGAUGGCAACAGCAGUGAGCAGAUCCGAAUUCCAAAGAUAUCAAAUGCAUAUGCAAGAGGAUCAGGAGCUUCUACUUCAAAUGCUUGUACAUUGUCAGCCAUCAGCACAAUAAUGAUUUCCCUCACAGCUAGAUCAAGUUUAUGACAAAAAAUAUCUAAAGGACUUCCUGUUUAUAAUAUAACUAAGCAACAUUUAGCUAGUUGUUUUGAAGACACCCAGUACUAAGUAAUAUUGUUGUUCGAGUACAUCUUACUACUGGAAAAAAAUGUUUUAUGCUUCUCUAGGAAUGGCAUUAUACAGUACUUCCUCAAAGCAAAUAUAGCUUUGUCUGAAGUUUCCUUGGAAACUCUGCAAUGCACUGAAAACAUCUGUAAUAUGAUGUUACCAAAGCAGUUUACAUAUGUCCUUAUAUGCAUAUUUUUUAUUAUAUAUUUAGUGUUUUAUAGACUUUUUUAAAGUUAACAUAUGAUGUAGAUAUUAAUUUCUUUUCCCCUCUGCUAUAAAAUGCUACUGAUGACAUAUCAUUGCAAAUAUAUAUUGUUUUGGAAUGUUUUAUGGCCGGAAGGUCAGCGAUCUCGGUAAAUUGGUUUCCAGUUGAUUGUACAGUUUUACAAGAAUGCACAUUGGUAGAGCUCUUUUGGCCUUGAUCCAUCCUUCAGGGCAUUUGGGCAUCUUUGCGCAUGGAAAGGAUCCACACAGGCAUUCUAGGGACCCUUCCCACCACUUGGCCUCAGGUUCUGCUGCUGCUGCUGCGUUCAAAGCACUGCAGUGCUUCUGGACACUGCUGACAAGGCGGGGUCCUCACUGUGCCCCUAAGUAAUGGCCCUAUAGUCCCCUGCAGGACUUGCCCCUAACAGACAGAGGAGUGGGCACAUGGCAUACCAGCAUCACAGCUGAAGAAGGUUCACUGGAAUACCUGUGUGGAACAUGCCGCUGUUUAAAAGCUGUUAGGAUGGUCUUGCUUCCAGUACUUUUGACCUACUAGAUUUCAUUUUUGACCAAAAUGAAUCCAAAACAACUUUCAAUGCAUUUGCUUUCAGAUUUGUGUAAGUCAACUGCAUAAUAUCAUCUAGGUAAUAUGUCAAUAUGAUGCAUAGCAAGAUUUUUUCUGAAUGUACUAAUUUAUAUUUCUCUAAAAAUUUAACAAACGUUAAUAUAAAUUCCAUUUAGUUGUCAUUGCUGUUAUAGUAAUGUAGAUCAGACGCUGCUAUAGCAAAGGACCACAUUCUGAAAGUAGCGACAAUCUGAAAUUCUAACAACAAUUGAACUAUUUCUUUGAUUCUAGAUGUGCACCAUUUUAAUCAGGAAGACUGUGAGUCUGGGCGGUUUUAAAUGAAAGUUAAUUAUGCUGAUUUCUUGUCUGAAUAUAUCUUUCUUUUGACAGGUACAUGUUAAUUGUAAUUCUCUAAUGAUUUGUUUCAUAAACUGAAUUACAAAAUUAGCUAUGUUUAUAUGAUCUUGAUUGACUAUAGGUCAUGGACUAAACCUAAUAAAUAACAUUCUAGUGAAUACUUCUCUAAAAAGGCUUUUUCCAUUAAAAUGUAUAUGUCUGGGUGUCUCUAUGCACUUCCAAAUAGCUCCUUUAUUUUAAGUAUUCAAAUCUUCCUGUCUUUCUGCUUAGUAGAGGUGAUCAGGACUGCAAUCUUGAGAGUGUUCUGAAGAUCCAGGUUUAAUUUGCUUGGCCAGCUCUCUUCAUACACAUCAAUAAAAUUCCAUUGAAAUGUGACAGUGCUUACCGUCUACCAUGUUGAGUCUCAUACAGCCAUUCUUCAUUCCAGCAGAGCUUGUGCUGGAGCCAAGUUUGGAGACUGCCCCAUUCCAGUGAGUUGGGUGUGCAUGCAGAGGCUUCAAUGCUUAUGUGAAGUUUUACACAAGCUUGCUUGUGCAGAGCGCCAUGCUUACACCAGAGUCUGGCACAGUACUGGAUCACGGCCAAAAUGUACAAGAAAAAUAUAUUAAUACAAAAAGGGUUCUUUCUUACUAUGAAAAUUUUGUAAUAUGCUCAGAUGGAACAAUGAUAGUUAACUAGCAAUGAAAUUUUCUAUUUUUCCCAAGUUUAAACAUGCACUGCAGAGGCUUUUAAUUUGUUCUUCCUGAUAGCUUAUAUUUGCUUGUAACUUGUCUCUUUUGCUUCCAGAACAAUACAAGCUAACUUUUAAACCUUUCAAAAUAUAUUUAUUAAGUAACUCAUAAUCAGGAUUCCACUUGUGUAAGUUGGGGGUGUUAACCAGAGAAAUAUUGUCAGUAUUUCAAGCUGUGUUCCUUUCUUAGUUUGAUAUUAUUACUUCUAUGUAAAAACAAAAACAAAGAAAAAAACCAACAAAAGAAAGAAAACAGAAAAAAAGCUUAUGUAGUUUUUCUCCCCAGUGUAAAUGAUAUUUAUCAGUGAUCUAGCAGAUGUAAUCUUUUUUAA